AUGGCUGCCGACCCAGACCGACAGUUACCAAAGCCGCCUCAGCCACAGGAUGGGAAGAGAGAGAGGGUUCCAAUGGCUCCGCUCAUCUCGAGCGAGAAGUCUUCUCUACCCAAAAGUAGUUCCCCUUCCCCGUUCCAAAGCUCACCAACACCGGUCAAGAUAGCAAAACCUCGCAUCCUGCGAGAAGGUCCUCUGCUUGCGCAGGUGGAUUCCAAGCAAACCAGCUGCCUAAACUCUCUGCCCUCUGAUCCCUCCCAGCUUCCUACAGAUACGGCCGAUCGCCCAACCUCCCGCGGAGGCCCUCAACCUGCGCAAGCUCCCACAGACACAAGUAGCGCUCGAGGGAUCCGAAGUAGCCCUCGCAGACUAGAAAGCCUCUCGAGCACACAUGCAGCAAAUCCAUACAGAAGCUGGCUGUCCGAGCUGGCUGAUAGCACUCAAUGGCCUAUGCCUUGGCCCACCGGGGGAUCCGAGUUCAUCGACGAUGGGUACCAAGUGCUGCCUGUCAGACACCGAGAUGAUCUUGAGAUUUCGCUCAUUGGGAGCUCCUUCUGCUCGUGCAUUUCCAGAUUUGAACACCAGGUCUUUCAAUGUUCGGGCGCCGAGAACUUCUUUGACAACUGGGAGGUCACAAGGAUGGCGAUGCCGAAUGGCUUCAGCUUUAGAACCGAAGCUUUGCAGCGAGUGUUUGCGGAACUCCCAUUCGCCAGAACGGGUUCUUACACAAAUACCGACUACUCAAACCCGAGUGUCUGGGACGCCUUGCAUCAAGAGCCGAAGGUCUUGAUGAGAUUUAUCUGGGCCCUAACAAGGAAUAUUUUUACCCGCUGGGACACUCGGACAGAGAACGUUGGACGACAAGAAGUAGCAGGAUUGAUGGGCCAGGCCUUUAUAUAUGCCGUGAUAUUCACCGAACUCGCAAAUGCCGACAACCAGUUGCAGAUCUUUGGUGGGUUGAUUUUUCCGAAGGAUGUUGAUAUUAUGAUGAGAGCCGCGGAACAACUCAGGAGGCUGAUGGUCGAAAUUCACGCCGAAUAUAAAGAGCCAGAUAAGUACCAUUUCCUAGCAUACACUGGGAUUGUUGGAGAUCGCCGGCCUCGAGUUGUUUCGGACAAGGAGUUCCAAGGGCGCCGACCCCAGCCUAUUGAGGUCCAGGGCGAUCCAUUCGGUGCGAUGAUGGACAAGGUAAGGGAACUUCGAGAACGUAGGAAGACACCCGCUUUGACCGAAGGUUCAAAAGAUUCGAAUCCGGAUAAGGAGAUAGACGACAGCGAUAAGGGCGAUAUGCUUUUCAAGAAUGGCAACGGAUGA